AUGUGCCUCGGUGUCACCCAUAGCACUCGCAGCCGUGGACAGCUCCCUCGCCACGCGGUCCUUUCCUCUGCAGUGAGCACACUCGCGUUCACCCUGCCCGGGUCUGUGCGGUACUCCAUCCACACCAAGUCCGCCAGCGCGUACGGAACGCGCGCUCCCUCCCUCCGCCCUCUCGGUACCCCCGCCCCUCGCUCACUCCGGCUCACUCCAGCGGCGACUUUGAGGGAUUCCCUCUCAGGCGGCCUCUGCAGCAGCACCACUGGCCUUAUUCGCUGCUCCGCGAGGAUGGAUCUCCGAGGAAGAGCCGUUCUCGGCGUGAAUAGACUUCGAGUUCUUCUGAUGCUCUUCCAUACAAUGGCUCGAAUCAUGGCAGAACAAGAAGUGGAGAAUCUCUCAGGCCUUUCCACUAACCCUGAAAAAGAUAUAUUUGUGGUGCGGGAAAAUGGGACGACGUGUCUCAUGGCAGAGUUUGCAGCCAAAUUUAUUGUCCCUUAUGAUGUGUGGGCCAGCAAUUAUGUAGAUCUAAUCACGGAACAGGCUGAUAUCUCACUGACCCGGGGAGCUGAGGUGAAGGGCCACUGUGGCCACAACGAGUCGGAGCUGCAGGUGUUCUGGGUGGAUCGCGCGUACGCGCUCAAAAUGCUGUUUGUAAAGGAAAGUCACAACACGUCCAAGGGACCCGAGGCAACGUGGAGGCUGAGCAAGGUCCAGUUUGUCUAUGACUCCUCGGAGAAGACCCAUUUUAAAGACGCGGUCAGUGCCGGGAAGCACACAGCCAACUCGCAUCAUCUCUCUGCCUUGGUCACCCCAGCUGGAAAGUCCUAUGAAUGUCAAGCUCAGCAGACCAUUUCACUAGCCUCCAGUGAUCCGCAGAAGACAGUCACCAUGAUCCUGUCUGCGGUCCACAUCCAGCCCUUUGACAUCAUCUCUGAUUUUGUCUUCAGUGAAGAGCAUAAAUGCCCAGUGGAUGAGCGGGAGCAGUUGGAGGAAACCUUGCCUCUGAUUUUGGGGCUCAUCUUGGGCCUCGUCAUUGUGGUAACACUGGUGAUUUACCAUCUCCACCACAAAAUGACUGCCAACCAGGUCCAGAUCCCUAGGGACCGAUCCCAAUAUAAGCACAUGGGCUAG